CCCCGGGCUUCUGGGACCGAAGUCGCCCGCCCCACUCACGCGAUGGGCUCCGAGGCGGCCCAGCUGUUGGAGGCUGUUGACUUCGCGGCUCGCAAGCACCAAUGGCAGCGGCGGAAGGACCCCGAAGGGACCCCCUACAUCAAUCACCCUAUCGGUGUGGCUCGUAUCCUGACCCACGAGGCAGGAAUCUCUGACAUUGUGGUGUUACAGGCAGCCCUGCUCCAUGACACGGUGGAGGACACAGACACCACCCUGGAUGAGGUGGAGCUGCACUUUGGGGCACAAGUGCGGCGUCUGGUGGAGGAGGUAACAGAUGACAAGACUCUGCCCAAGCUGGAGAGAAAGCGGCUGCAGGUGGAGCAGGCACCCCACAGCAGCCCCGGGGCUAAACUGGUGAAGCUGGCAGACAAGCUGUACAAUCUGAGGGACCUGAAUCGCUGCAUCCCAGAGGGAUGGUCCGAACACCGAGUCCAGGAAUACUUCGAGUGGGCAGCACAGGUGGUGAAGGGGCUUCAGGGGACAAACCAACAGCUGGAAGACGCUCUAAAGCAGCUGUUUAAGGAGCGGGGGCUGACACUCUGAGCAGUACUUGGAGCCAUCCAGUGGCACAGACUCCAUCCUUGCCCAGGCCAGAGAAGAUUCAUACUUCAGCCUUUCGGUGCCUCCCGAGCUUCCUCCUGGUUCACUCAGCCCAGAUAUUAGAGACCAAAUACACGUGUCCUUUCUCACUCUGAAGAUCUGCCAACUAAGCUGAGCCCCAGAUUGUGGGAUGAUGCGCGCCAUCCAUUUCUAAUGCAUUCACUGCCCUUCUUCAGGCCUUGGGUCUGAUUGCAUGGUGGGAUCUCUGGCCCCUCAGGGACUUGGGCUUAUAUAUAAACGCUAGUUCAAAAAUCAUUAUGCAAAAUAAAACAUUUGGAUAAAGGUUUGAGUUGCUGCUGCUCCUUCUCCAGCCUCCCCAGUGGGGAACCGAUGGGGGGAGGGGGGCUACCUGCCCUUCAGUAGGGCAGGGUUCCAAUUGUGUGCCCCUGGGACAGAUCCCUCAGGUUGAGGGCCUCAACCCCUGGGAGACUGGCUUCCUUAUCAGUAAGAUAGGUUGUGUAAUUAUCAGGGUUGGAUUAUGUGACGUGCCUGACACACAGGUAUUCAAAAA